CGGAUGGAUAGGUACUCCUCGCCUCAGGCUCCUCUCCCGUUGUCCAACGCUUUCCCUUUCCCACCACCUUCAACACACCCCCGUCGGCUUCUCCCCCCUUGCCCUGUCCCAAGACCAGACAGACCCCGUACCAAAAGGUACCUACCUAACUACCUACUAAGGACCAAGUUACUAAGGUAGCCAUUCCCAUUCCACCUCAGCACUGCUCUCGGCUCUCCUCACCUUGCCUUGCCCUCACCUCACCACCUCACCUCAUACGAAUACCUUUCCUUCCAUUCCCUGGACCUUACGACGACCCUACCGCACUGCGACUCUAAACCGCCUGCCCAGCGCCAGUGUGCCCAGUGCCCACCCCGACCCCCUCCACUUCCCUUCCCUCAGGUUUCCCAAUUGCCCCCAUCCCCACUUUCUUUGCCUGAGAAGAAGGUUAGAUAUACAGGGUACCGUUAUCACCCUUCCAGCUUCACCUCCUGCGGCACUAAUCCCUUCCGCUGUGUCAAAACAUUUCUGACCUCGACUUUUUAUGCAGCCAUCGGAACCCACCAGAGCUCAGACUCCCCAUCUCCAGUCGUCUCCAGUCGUCUUUUGCUGCUGCCGCGCAGUGUGCCUGCUUCGUUUUCUUCUGCCACCUUACGCCAACUCUGCUCACUUCUGUACGGAUACCCAAGUCCCAAACCCUCACCUCACACUCUCAUACCCUUUGACUCUCUCGCCUACCUUACCUCGCUCUGUAUCCGACCCUAACCUUGCCGUCAAACAGAGACUCGUCGUCUAGACCCUCCCGCUCUCGCCUCGUUCCUUCCGCUCCUGCUACCUGGAACCUGGAUCUCCUCUGCCGCUUUGUCUGUUCGACACGACGCGACACGACACGACGCUUGUCGCCAGCCCAGGCCGCCCACAUCGUACCAUACUAUACCAAAGCUCUCUAUACCACACCCAUAAUUGCGAUUCCUCAGGACCAAAUACACAUCUGAGCAACCACCGCCUAAUCCAAACGCUCGCCAAUUCUCCUUGUCCCUCCAACCUGGUGUCACACUUGACUUUGCAGAAUCCCAUUUCGGAUCGAUUUCCAAUUCGCCGCCGCUUCUCCUAACCUAACCUGCGAACUCUAUUCGCAUCAACGACUGUCGUGGAAUCCAACUACACAUCGUUCAGAAUAUCACAGAGAUGGCUCAGCCAGGAGUCCAGUCGUUGAAGUGCGUGGUGACAGGUGACGGUGCUGUCGGAAAAACAUGCCUGCUUAUUUCCUACACAACGAACGCCUUCCCCGGCGAGUACAUUCCUACCGUCUUCGACAACUACUCGGCGAGUGUGAUGGUUGAUGGAAAGCCGAUCAGUCUGGGACUUUGGGAUACUGCUGGUCAGGAAGAUUACGACAGACUGCGGCCGCUUUCGUACCCCCAGACCGACGUCUUCCUCAUUUGCUUCUCCAUUGUCAGCCCGCCGUCAUUUGACAACGUCAAGGCCAAGUGGUACCCCGAGAUCGACCACCAUGCGCCAAACAUUCCCAUCAUCCUCGUCGGCACCAAGUUGGAUUUGAGAGAGGACCCCAACACCCUUGAGUCCCUCCGCCAAAAGCGCAUGGAGCCUGUUUCCUACGAUCAGGCCUUGGUUUGCGCCAAGGAGAUCAAGGCGCACAAGUACCUGGAGUGCUCUGCCCUGACGCAGAGAAAUCUGAAGAGCGUUUUCGAUGAGGCUAUUCGUGCCGUCCUGAACCCUCGCCCGGUCGCUACGCAGAAGAAGAAGUCCAAGUGCACGAUUUUGUAAACGCCUUUUACUUGACCUCAAGCGUUGCAGGUUAACAUUUGGAUUGGCGUUCAGCAGUGUAUAACACGCCGAGUUCUCCGCUGCCUUUUCGUCAGGGCUCAACCAUGUUACACAACCCGGUGCCUCACGCUUCUCCAACGAGAAGAGACACUUACUUUCAGAGGCACAACCCCAUUCGAGAGCCCCCAGCUGAGCACAGCCUGCGAAGAUCGCAACACACCCCCAAAUAUCAGAUUUUGCCCACCUGCCACACCGAAUUUGUGAAUGACACUUGUGGUGUCUCUGGAGUCGGCCAUGGCAGUUGAGCAGGAUCAGUGCUUUCGUUAUUGCUCUUUUGUCUCUUUUCUGGGAGCAAAAGGCAAAGAAGAGAAUGACAGACACAAUGGGGGGCAUCGUUGGUAGCAGGCAUGCUUUGCAACACAAUAACACAAGGAUAUCCCACGUUUUCUGUAGAUAGCACUCACUCUCACAAAGACACUACUUUUUUCAUGGAGGAAUUUAGACACUGGGUCAGGAAGGGAUGAGCUUCGUCUUGAGAAUUGACUGCCAUUGC